AUGAAGCGUAGAAAGAUCGCUGUAGCGGCUGGAUUCUGUUUGUCUUUCUUUUUGGGCACGUUGAUGAAUUUAUUGUUUAUCCCGGGGUUUGACCAUCACCAGAAUCACGGCGACAGGGUGCAUCGAUUCUACCACGAACAGCGGCAGCGCGUCUUGGACGGCUCUAAGCUUCACGUCAGAGACUCAGGCGCUGCAGCCCUAGUCGAACUGAACAGCGAGCCCACGACCAGCAGCCGGCGGCGCCUCGACCUCCAGCUGCAGAUCCGAGAGAGAUACGACGAGGUGCUCCGGUAUCGCCAGCAGCAGUCGUCCUGGUUGGGAACUGGAAACCCUGUUCGACCGCUGGAGCGGAGGAAGCUUAUGGAUCUGGCACAGAGGAACAAUUGGGAGUCAAAUAAAGGGACGGAGAGAAUAAGCAACCAAUAUAUGGAUUCUCACCAUCGGCUCUCGCCUUCAGAAUCUCUGUACACGAAAUCCAGGAAAGAUUUUGCCAUGAAUACAAGGACCAUUAACGGCACACAGAUGCUUGGUUGCAGCAGUAUAGACAAUGUGACCGAUGUGCAGUAUCUCGGCUCCGGCUACACCAAGGCAGUGUAUAAGGCAGCCGUGAACAACACCCUUUCGGUGGCUCUAAAAUCCGUGGAUUUCGGUGGGCACGACAUGGAAAAUUGUGUGAAGAAAUAUGGCUCAACUGCAGACUGCUACAGACUCGCAUCUUUCAAGAUUAUCAAAGAAAUGACACUGAUGGAACGAUUGCAACACCCUAACAUUCUGAAGCUCUUCGGCUACUGCUACCAGGACAGCAACGACAUCCGCGACACGGUGACCGCCAUCACCGAGCUGGGCAGCCCGCUGGAGAUGAUUCAGCUGCUGCAGACGUCCUGGGAGGAGCGCUUCCGGAUCUGCCUGAGCCUGGUGAGGCUGCUGCACUACCUGGCGCACUCGCCGCUGGGCUCGGUCACGCUGCUGGACUUCCGGCCGCGCCAGUUCGUGCUGGUGCACGGCGAGCUGAAGGUGACCGACCUGGACGACGCCAGCGCCGAGGAGACGCCCUGCUCCGCCCCCGCCGACUGCGUCAUGGAGUUCCCCGCGCGCAACUUCACCCUCCCCUGCAGCAGGGGGCGCUGCUCCGGCAUGAACGAGAAGAGGAACCUCUACAACGCCUACAGGUUCUUCUUUACCUACCUGCUGCCUCACAGUGCCCCACCGGCCCUGAGACCGCUAUUGGACAAGAUAGUGAACUCCACAGGUGAGCUGGUCUGGGGGGUGGACGAGACCCUCGUCCAACUGGAGAAGGUGCUGCAUCUGUACAAGAAUGGCCUGUACCUGCAGAACAGCACACAGCCCCACAAAGCUGAGUUCAAGCGGAUGGCGGACAUCUCCAUUAGCGGCGAGAACUACCGCUGCUGGCCGUCCUAUCAGCACGAGGGCUGCAUGCUGUCCGUCUUCAGCGUCCGCGAGGCCAUGAGCGUGUGCGAAAGCCACGCCCAGUGCCGCGCCUUCGUGAUGACCAAUCAGACCACCUGGACAGGCCACCAGCUUGUGUUUUUCAAGACGGGCGCAGCCAGCCUGUCCCCCUCCCCGGGGAAGGUCACGUUCGUGCGGGUCAACAGCUGAGCACGGUCCCAAAGAUGCUGGGGUUCUGGGAGAAUCAACAGAACACUUUUGGGAUGCAAACCCCCCCUGAUACACCAGGAGGGACGUCGGGCAGAGGACCGACCCGGAGACACAGGACAGAGGGACAGAGGGAUGGAGGGACGGAGGGACAGAGGGACUUUCUUGCACUAGUUGUACCCCCUCCGCACCCCUCCAUCCAGGGCUCGAAACUGAACCAAAACAAGGCUCUUCAAUGUGCAAUAAUGCCCAAUCUGAUGAAAAUGUGACCAUUGAUGUUAUUAUUGUUGUUUGUGUUGGUUGAUAUCUGUGCUCUUAUUGUUGUAUCAGUUUAGUGAGCGCCUCCGUGUGCUUGCCUAAGGAGGUGCUGGAGGUUGG